UUUAUAGAAAAUUUUAGGUAAAAAACCAUAGGUCUUUUGUUUAGAACAAUAAAAAUAGGAAUAAUGACCAGCCUGGUUAGAAUUUCCGUAUUCUUAUGCGUGUCACAAAUAGCACGGAAUGGUUUAAUUUCGCCAGUCAGCGGAGGUACAAUUUCACUAACUAGGAUUUGGAAAGUAGUAAGAUAUGCUGGGUAAUCAAUGUAAAAUAGCCCUUUGUUACUUGCAUUGGUAAAGAAUUUGGGUUUAUAGUUAGAUCUAUCAAAAUAUAAUCUGGCAAAGUUGUAUAUAUCAAUCUUCCAAGGAAACAUAUAACAUGAUAUUUUCCAUAUAUGGUUAAGAAAACAAUAAUAGCUAACACCUGCAUGGAUAUAGCAUAACCUGCAUGAAAGAGCAUUCUAUUUUAAUGCUGGAAGAACUGAUGAUGAAAAAAUGGAUAGCGACAUGCAAUCAAUGUUGCAGUAUGAAAUAUUACGGCCCACGACAGAUUAAGAAGUUACGUAAUUGUUUUUCAUUGUUGCUGUUAUUGCAUUUGAUUUUGCUUGUUGAGAGAGUCAUUAUAGAUGGGUUUGGUCGUAUUUAUUUAUUGAUCGUUUUAAAUGUUAUCACAGCAGUGUUUGUCGUUUGUGGUGUUGUGGGUUUGUUGAAGUAUCAAGUCAAGCUUCUGCUUGCAUAUGUUGUUUGGUUGGUGAUAUGGAUUGGUUUUAAUGUGUUUGUCAUCACACUGUAUUUGAACAUUGGAAAAUUAUCACACAAAAACAAUUGGUUGAGUUUGCAGUACAAUGAACGAAGUUGGUUCAGGGAAAAUGGAAUUGGCUGCAAAGUGAAUGAUACGAUGCCAAUUUAUGCAGACAUGAGAGUUACUGACUGUGUAAUGAAAUACGAGCACAUGGAAAUCAUACAAGCCUGUCUGCAAAUCCUAAUUUCAUUAAUCAAUCUCUGCAUGUCGUGUUGGUUAGCUUGCAAGUUGAGCGAAGAUAACGAUGAAGACACGUUUGGAUUUGUCGGUGGUUUCGACCCCUUAUCUGCUCGCGUUGCUCCCACCAGGUCCUCGCAUCCUAAAAUUAAAUACCUUGAAGACGACGAGUAUGAAAUUUAAACGAAAUUCUUUCUUGUGUUUUUCCAUGCAUUUCUGUUAUUUAUUAUUUAUUAGUAGUUUAUUGUCACGUGAUAAAAUAGUUGACCUAAGUUAUUCCUAUCUAGCUGAGGUGACUAUCUGUAUCUGAAUGACAAAAAUUGUUUUAAAGUGUUUGAAGUUUUUGCAGUCUCAAACUUUGGUGGUCACAACAUUUCGCGAAAAAAAAAACGCGUGAAGAGUUAACAUCUCGUGAACGCGAAAAUUUUCGAAUUGGUCUAAGUAAUAUUUUUUAAACGGGAAUUAAUUUCGCAGUUGAUAAAGUUGAAAGAGAAGAAGAUGAAACCAACUUUUUUUCAACAAAAGUUCUACUUAACACUGGCAGAAAGAUGCAGUUUAAGUGCAGAUUUAGAAGUUCAAUAUAUUUCGCUGCGUUAGUUUUCUUGUUGAUUGUACCAACCAGAAGCGCCGUCUCUUGAUAUCAUUUUUCGCGUACGUAACUGUCGCAAAUCGACGUGUUAAUAGUUUCACGCCAAAUUCACGAAAGUUUGACACCCAAAUAUUAUUUUUGUCUUUCCCGCUUUCUUUUCUUCUAAAAGAGAGAAAUAUCUCUAUCGUUGUUUCAUCAGUUUGUAUGCAGAAGAACAACUGCUAUUUUGGUUUUAAUACUCUGCUAGAAAUUGAAAAUAAAAAAUUAAGAAUUUAUUUUAUCAGGUUCUAUAAAACCAGAUUAUUAGGAAAUGAGAGAAUUUUGAACAAGAACAAGUUAUGUGAGAAUUUUUUUUAACAACAGUUGCAAGUUUAAAAAAAACUCAACAUUUUCCCCUCUCCUUUCACUGGAAGAUUAACGUUAUUCCAAGUGAAACACGUUCAAGGGCAUUUUUAUCGGGCGAGUUAUUUCCAGCAAAUUAUAUCGAGUGAGUAAUGUCAAGCGAGUUAUUCCUUAUAAGUUAUUUUUGUGUACAGUUGUAUAUGAUGUAAAUAACAUUAUUAUAUCGUUAUUAUUUUUGUUUAUGUAAUUGCAUUGAAUAUUAUUACCACCAUAUAUAAUUAAUAACUUUUGCAAUAAAAUUGCACACUAGCCA